AUUGCGUUCCAAUAAACUUAUUAUUUUUAAAUUUGCAUGUAUAUUGAAUGUUUAACGAUAAUAGCAGGUCGAACACAUAGCUUGGAUUGUAUUCAAGAAUUAACUGCACGCGAAAAUGGUACGUUUUCGCUUGAAACCUCAACAACUGCUUGGGCUUCUUGACCUAUUAGGAGUUUUAUCCACUACAUCACCAAAACCGAUAUCGCAAUACGGAAGAUUUUACAAUAUUUUUCGAAAUAUUUUUUGGUGUCUCACCUUUAGCAAUCUGAUAUUUCAAUUAAUCGGCGAAAUACUUUUCGUUUAUGAAAAUCCAAAUGACGUCAUUACGGCACUGAAAACUAUUUUAAUAGCUGCUUGCGUUACUGAUGGAGCAUUAAAUCUUAUAAUAUGCUACAUUCAAAGAGAUGAACUUCAGUAUCUAUUAGAGAAAAUUGAAAACUUUAUACAGACAACCGAUAAGAAUGACUUAAAUAUUCUACAGAAACAUAUGAAUCGUUAUACGUUCACAUUGGUAGCGAAUGCUUUUUUCUUCUUGACUUCUGGAUUGAUCAUCUUUGUUCGUCCCUUUAUCACAAAAGAGCGUUUUCCUGUUGACGUGUGGUAUCCCUUUUUGGAUACACCAUUUAGAACAUUAAUCUAUGUUUCGCAAAUUGUUGCCGGAUCGGAAUGUGCCAUUUACGGCUUGAGUACUGAU